AUGGACGUACCGAAGACAUCCCCGGAAGUCGUCGUCACAAUCAUAUUCGGCAUCCUGCAGCUUAUCUUGGCACUCGUUUCCCUCUGGCAGCAGCACUACCUUCGUUGGACCAACUACUUAGAAGAAGACGAAGCACUCUUUGAGUAUGUUGAGAUGCCCUGGAGUUCAUACAGUCUACAGAGAUAUCAGCAGGACUUUGAGAGGACUGGAAAGUUGGUAGGGGAGGCUUAA